AUUUUAACUGAAAAGCAAAAAUACAUUUUAGUUUUGACCAGUUAUUUUUAACUGCUGUGUUUUUUUUUUUUUCCUGUGAGAUGAACGGGUUUUCCAUAAAGGAGUUGUGCUGUCUCUUUUGUUGUCCGCCAUGUCCAGGCAGGAUUGCGGCAAAACUGGCAUUCUUGCCCCCACCAGCAACCUAUGCGCUGUUGCCAGAACAAGAUGCUUCUGUAAGGGUUGGUAACGGAAGAGGAGGAACAGGUUUCAUGGGACGAUGGAAACUUCAUCUUACAGAUCGUGCUGACUUUCAGUACAGUCAACGUGAGCUGGAUACCAUAGAGGUUUUUAUGACCAAGAGUAGCCGUGGCAACAGAAUUGCUUGCAUGUAUAUCCGCUGUUCUCCUGGUGCAAGGUUCACCCUCCUCUUCUCUCAUGGCAAUGCAGUGGAUCUGGGGCAGAUGAGCAGCUUUUACUUGGGUCUGGGGACUCGUAUCAACUGUAACAUCUUCUCAUACGAUUAUUCUGGGUAUGGGGCUAGCUCGGGGCGUCCAUCUGAAAAAAACCUGUAUGCAGACAUUGAUGCAGCUUGGCAAGCUUUACGUACAAGGUAUGGAAUUUGUCCUGAAAACAUACUGCUUUAUGGGCAGAGUAUUGGCACUGUACCAACAGUGGACUUGGCAUCUCGUUACGAAUGUGCAGCUGUCAUCUUACACUCCCCGCUGACCUCUGGGAUGAGAGUGGCAUUUCCAGACACUAAGAAAACGUACUGUUUUGAUGCAUUUCCCAACAUUGAAAAAGUUUCCAAGAUAACAUCGCCAGUGUUGAUCAUUCAUGGGACAGAAGAUGAAGUGAUUGAUUUCUCCCAUGGUCUGGCCCUUUAUGAACGUUGUCCUAAAACCGUUGAACCUCUUUGGGUAGAGGGUGCUGGGCAUAACGACAUUGAGUUGUACAGCCAAUAUUUGGAACGUCUGAAACGCUUCAUCUCUCAAGAGCUGACUUCACAAAACAGUAACUGACCAUGAGCAAAGUCAAAUCUAUACUCAUAUCUUCCAAUGAUCUUAGAAUCUUCGGAAGUAGAAAGGAGAUACCUGUUUUUACAUUUUGCAAAUUACUCAUGGCCAAUGAUUUUCCAUUUUUUAAGUUUAUAUGAAA